AUGGCGCGGAGGUGUCGGGGGGUCCCCGCCGUGCUGGCGCUGUGUGCAGCCGCCUGGAGCUGCGCCGUGGGCCUGGCCCUGGAGCGGGACCAGCCGUUCCGCGUGCCCCCUGGCUGGACCCAUACCGGCCGUGUCAACCCCGGCCACGAAGUGCAGCUGACCUUCGCCCUCCGGCAGCAAGGCAUGGGGCGCCUUGCCCAGCUCGUCGAUGCCGUCUCAGACCCCCACUCGCCACGAUAUGGCAAGUACCUGUCCCUGGAGCAGGUGCGGGACCUUGUCCAGCCAUCCCCAGCCACACUCAUGGUGGUGCUGAAGUGGCUGCAAGGCCAUGGUGUUGAGAACUGCAGGAGCGUUACCACCCUCGAUUUCCUGGAGUGCCACAUGUCAGCAAGCAUGGCUGAGCGCCUCCUGCCAGGGGCUGAGUUCCACCGCUACGUGAAGGGCCAGCGCAGCGUUGUGCGCUCCCCACUCCCCUACGCUGUCCCCGAGGAGCUGGCUGAGCACGUUGACUUUGUGGGUGGCCUGCACCGGUUCCCCGCGGAGAGAAAGGUGGUCAGCAGAGCCUGGGCCAAGAAGGAAACGGAGGCAAGGCAGCACUAUGGAGGGAGAGCGGCUUUCCACCUGGGCGUGACGCCUUCCAUCAUCCGUAAGAGAUACAACAUGACAGGAGGAGACAUCGGCCUACUGCCAAACAACAGCCAGGCCUGUGCCCAGUUCUUGGAACAGUAUUUCCACCAGGCUGACCUGGCUGAGUUUAUGCAGCUCUUUGGCAGCAGCUUUGGCCACCGCUCUCAGGUUGACCAAGUGGUUGGGCACCAGGGCAAGGGCAAGGCUGGGCUGGAGGCCAGUCUGGACGUGGAAUACAUCAUGAGCACGGGUGCCAACAUCUCCACGUGGGUCUUCAGCAAUGCAGGGAGGCAUGAGAGCCAGGAGCCCUUCCUGGCCUGGCUGCUGCUGCUCAGCAACAUGUCAUCGCUGCCUUGGGUGCACUCCGUGAGCUACGGGGAUGACGAGGACAGCCUGUCACUAGCCUACAUGGAGCGUGUAAAUGUGGAGUUCAUGAAGGCAGCUGCCCGGGGCUUGACCAUCCUGUUUGCCUCAGGUGACGAUGGUGCUGGGUGCAGAAGGGUGCCCGGUGGGAACCACACUUUCCGGCCCAGCUUUCCAGCCUCAAGUCCCUACGUCACCACCGUGGGCGGAACGUCCUUCAAGAACCCCUUCCUGGUGACGGCAGAGGUGACGGACUACAUUAGGGGGGGCUUCAGCAACGUCUUCCCCAUGCCCGAUUACCAGGCUGCUGCAGUCAGGCAUUUCUUGCGCUCGACCUCGAAGCUGCCUCCCAGUUCCUACUACAACAGCAGUGGCCGUGCCUACCCUGACCUGUCCGCCCUCUCUGACAACUACUGGGUGGUGACAAACCGCAUCCCGCUGCCCUGGGUGUCGGGGACGUCGGCGUCCACGCCCGUGGUGGGGGGCAUGGUGGCACUCAUCAACGACCGGCGCCUGCAGCGGGGGCUCGCGCCCCUGGGCUUCCUCAACCCCGCGCUCUACCGGCUGCAGGAGCGGGGCCACGACGCUGCGCUCUACGACGUCACGCAGGGCUGCCACCUCUCUUGCCUGGACGGCACCGUGCAGGGACAGGGCUUCUGCGCCGGCCCCGCCUGGGACCCCGUCACCGGCUGGGGCACCCCCAACUUCCCCCGCCUCCUGCGGGCGCUGCUGGCGCCCUGACCCGCCCGGCCCGGGACACCGGGAGGCGCCGGCGCCAAUAAAGCCGCGGCGCCCCACCCC